AUUUACAAGCCGCAAAAAAGAAAGCCUUGGACGAUUUAAAAGAACUCAAAGGAGAAAUUACCGAUAAAAAAAUAACCAAAAAAGUUAAUGAAACUUAUCCUCACACGAUUACCGGAACGGAUUGGACUGUUCAUUUAGCAACCGAGGAUGAUAAAAUCACUAAAACUUGGCAAUUGGCGGAAUAUGUGGGAAAAAUAGCCAAAGUUAUCAAAACUAAAAUUGUUUCUAAAGAACAGAAAUCUACCAGAACUGCUAAGAGAGAACUCACUGAAAGAGAAAAUAAAAUUAAUGAUUUACUUGGCAGCCCACACGCAACUCCUUUGCCAAAUGAUUGA